AUGGCGGCCAAGUCGGAUGGCGGCGGCGGCGGCGGCGGCGGCGGCAGCGGCUUCGCCCAGCUGCACAACCUGGACGAGGCGGCGGCGGCCACGGGCGGCGGCGUCGGGGCAGCGGCGGCCGAGGUGGCGGAGGAGCCGGGCGCAAGCAGCUCCUUGCACAUCUGCCACUGCUGCAACACGUCGUCUUGCUACUGGGGCUGCCGGAGCGCCUGCCUGCGGAACCUCUUCGGGCGGGCCGCCGCCUCCGCCGCCGCCGAGCCGCUGGCCCCGCGCCCCCCCGCCGCCGCCGCCGAAGGGCCGCCGGAGGGCGGCGAGGCGGCCGAGCGGCCGUGGCUGGACUGCCUGUGGAUCGUGCUGGCGCUGCUGGUGCUGCUGGGGGAUGUGGGCACGGACCUGUGGCUGGCGCUGCACCACUACGGCCGGCGGGACUACGUGUGGUGCGGCCUCACCCUGGCCUUCGUGCUGCUGCCCUCGGUGCUGGUGCAGAUCCUGAGCUUCCGCUGGUUCGUGCAGGACUACACGGGCGGCGGGCUGGGCGCCGUGCAGGGGCUCAGCAGCCGCGGGCCGCCCAUGAUGGGGGGGACCGCGGGCCGGCGUGGGGGACCCGCCGGCGGGGUAGGAGGAGCCGGCGGCACCGCCACCCCCGGGGCGCAGCGCCUCUGCAGGAUCUCCGUCUGGGUCUGGCAGUCCGUCAUCCACCUGCUGCAGAUGGGGCAGGUCUGGAGGUAUAUCCGAACCAUGUACCUGGGGAUCCAGAGCCAGAGGCGGAAGGAACACCAGCGGCGUUUCUACUGGGCUAUGAUGUACGAAUAUGCAGACGUAAACAUGCUGCGCCUCCUGGAAACCUUCCUCGAGAGCGCCCCUCAACUGGUGCUACAGCUCUGCAUAAUGAUCCAAAAGAACCGUGCAGAAACAUUACCAUGUGUGUCCUCUGUGGCCUCCCUGAUGUCCCUGGCUUGGGUGCUAGCCUCCUAUCACAAGCUUCUUCGGGACUCUAGGGACGACAAGAAGAGUAUGAGCUACAGAGGGGCCCUCAUCCAUCUCUUCUGGCGCCUCUUCACCAUCUCAUCCCGAGUUAUUUCUUUUGCUCUCUUUGCUUCCAUCUUCCAGCUCUACUUUGGGAUCUUUGUAGUGGUCCAUUGGUGUGCCAUGGCUUUCUGGAUCAUCCAUGGUGGGACAGAUUUCUGCAUGUCUAAGUGGGAGGAGAUCCUCUUCAACAUGGUGGUAGGGAUUGUGUACAUUUUCUGCUGGUUUAAUGUCAAGGAAGGGCGGACUCGAUACCGAAUGUUUGCGUAUUACACGGUGGUCCUGACGGAGAACGCUGCCUUGACGCUCCUUUGGUAUUUUUACAGAGAUCCUGACACCACUGACUCCUAUGCCGUGCCAGCACUGUGUUGUGUCUUUCUUAGCUUUGCUGCUGGGAUAGCUUUGAUGCUGUUAUAUUAUGGUGUGCUGCAUCCCAUGGGGCCAAGAGCUAAGAUCUUUGCCAGCUCCUGUUGCGCCGAGCUGCUCUGGGGCAUUCCUCUGCCCCCCGAUGUUGAGCCCAUGGCGCCCCAAACCCCUGGGUACCGGGGGGCCCAGGCUACGCCCACCAGAGCGGUCACGGAGCAACAGGAGGAACUCACAGCUGACACUUGCUUGCCCGUUUUCCAGGUGAGAGCAAUGGUACCAUCUACUCCAUCUGGGCGACCCUACCCCCCCGAGGGGCCUCUCAUUAAGAUUGACAUCCCAAGAAAAAGAUAUCCUGCCUGGGAUGCUCAUUUUGUAGACAGGAGGUUAAGAAGAACUAUCAACAUCCUCCAAUAUGUCACCCCCACAGCUGUAGGUAUUAGGUAUAGAGAUGGACCUCUCUUAUAUGAGUUGCUACAAUAUGAAUCUUCACUUUAAAGCUCCUUAAAAGCAAAAGUAAAAGAGGGGACCUUAUUUUUGUUUACGGUAAACACAGAUCAUGAAACAAACACAAACCUUCAGAUAAGCUUUCUUUCUGGUUGCUGUAUGUAUAAAAAAAAAAAAAAGAUAUUCUCUAUGUUUUGUAAGUAAAAACAAAAAGAAAAACUUUUCUUUUGUUUUUUACACACAAGAAACAGUAUUUCAACUUCCACACCUAGGAUUCACAGGUGGAGAAGGAGGCAUCUCCACAUCAGUUUUAUACCGUACACCAAGUGUAGAACAUUAUUUAUGGGAUUGGUGCUGAUUGAAAAAUAAAAAAAAAAACAAACAAACAAACCUACAACUGCCUUAUGCCCUUAGGUGCUGAGUUUCAUUAAGUACUGUCACCUUUCUCAUGCAAAACUCUUUGAUGAUUAUAUGCCAGGAAAAAAAAAGAAAAAAACAAAAAAACAAAAGAAAAACCAACCAUCCAACUGAAAUGCAAACCUUAAAAUUAAAAAAUUAACAACAACAAAAGAGAGAAAUGUAAAUUUAAAAAAAAUACUGUUGCUCUUAUUGGAUUUAGUAGUAAAACCCCUCCAAAUGUCUAAAGAUAAGAAAGCAAAGAUAAGAAAGCAAAGCCAAGACAACCCCAAUGGAGUUUGAUUUUUCCAACAGCUGAAAGACAAAAUCAGGUCUGUAAGAUAAUUUGGCAAGGAAUUUAUAACACCAUUGGGCCAAGCCUUGACCGAGUUGUGUUAUAAAGCUGACCCCACCCCGGAACCGUUUUCCUUGUGGAAAUGGAUCCUGUGCAAAGGUGGGAUUGUGAUCAGUGUGAAAAUACAGAAUCCGAUCUUGUUCCCAACAACUGCUCGUGCUAAAGCCCCACUGUCUCCAGUGGAGCAAAUACCAACAGGCUGAGCCCAGAAUAAGGCCUGCCACCUUGAUUUCUGGAAAAUGAGAAAUUAUCAAAAUUAGAAACCAAAACCAUGAUCCGAAAGUACAUUUCCACAUAUCUAAUAAUUAUUUCAGUAAUAAUAAAACUCAGCAUGGUAGCAAAAAGCGAGUCAAUUUAAAGGCACAAUACUUGAUCAGUGACUGGCAAAAUAAUUUGACCUACUGUAUCAUUUUAAGGCUGUGAAAGGCAUACAUGUAUUAUUUGUAAUCUCGUGUAAGACCUGUCAUGUCUCAUUCAGUGCGAGCCUUAAAGUGAUUGUAAAGCAUCCUUCGUUCCAUUUUGGGGAUUUUUGGGUUUUGAUUUUCUGUUUUGUUUCUGUUUUGUUUUUAAGGAAAACAAAACAUGAAAAG